ACUGUGGUGCGUUCGUGGCCAGCAGAGGAAAGAUCACCUCCCUCUGGUCAGUAGUGUGGCUCAAAUCUGCACAGAGGCAGAACAACUCCAGUAAAAAGGUUUUUUUCUAUACAAGUGAGGACUCUAUAGAGUGGUUUAUCUGCUUUUGGUGUAUUUUAUUUUACAGACAGAUGCCAUUGGCACAUACUUGUGUUUCACUUAUCUCUCAGGAAGAGGAAACACCUCCUUCUCAACACAUGUGAGGAGUGUUUCUGGCUGGUCCUCCUCCAAAGGAUGGCAGGGAGUGGAUCAUAGUGGAGAGCUGCUCCCUGUGAAGCAGCUACAUCAGCUUCUGUCACAAACACUGAGUGACCAACAUCCUCUCACUGCUCCAUCCAAAUGAUGGGAUUGUAUCUACGUGUUGGCUGACAGACCAGGUCAACAUUGGAUCUAAGUUCUUUCUUUUCCCAUUGGAAUCUUGUGUUCAAGUCAAGCAGACAGCUUCCAUCCAGGACCGAGGUGUUGGAGUUCAGUGUGUAAUAGGAAGUCCUGAUGAAGAUUUGAAGACUCUGUGAAGCAGGAUGGAGCCCAUUAAGAGAGACAUGGAGCUGCUCAGCAACAGCAUGGCCACCUACGCUCACAUCAAAGCCAAUCCGGAGAGCUUCGCCCUGUACUUCAUGAUGGGCGUGUGUCUGGGCCUCCUCAUGGCGCUGUGCCUCCUGGUGUCCGCCAUCGCCUGCAGGACCCGCCGCCACCGCAGGGCUCCCCCCUCCCCAGAGAGGAGGAAGCUGAAGGACUCCAGCGCGCAGGAAGAUGAGGACGAGGAGGAUGAGGAGGGGGGCGUUGAUGAGGAAGAUGAGGAGGCGACGCAGAUCCCUAAAGUGACCCUGGGGCCCCUGGGUGACAGCAGCUCUAACGGGACUCUGAGGAGCGUCAAUGUGUUUGCGUCCGCCGAGGAGCUGGAGAAGGCGCGCCGUCUGGAGGAGAGGGAGCGAAUCGUCAGGGAGAUCUGGAGGAACGGACAGCCAGACAUCCUGGUCACGGGGACGGGGACCAUCGGACGGGUGCACUACCACUAACACACACUUUGACUGUGAUAUGCUCCCUGACUGCAGAAGGCAGAAGAGACUUUUGGAUCUGUGUGGCGGGCCAUGUUCAAAAUGAAAACAAGAGACUGUGUAAAAUGGUAGGGGUGGUGAACCUUAUAUUUGCCCUCCGCAGGGUCAUUAUUGGUGGAACACUCCUAUUCAUUGACAACAAAUUGAUAUCUUGUCACAAGAGUCAAUAUUUUUAACUGAACUUCUAAUGUGAACCACAAAUGUAAAUAUUGACAAAACGUACUAAGAUACAGAGACAGGACUGUUGUAUUCUGCUUAAGUGAAACAAUUUCAAGUUACAUUAC